AUGAUCAAUGAACAAGCUAAAAUUGAAAUUGGCGGCCUGCAUGAUCCUAUAUUGAGGAUGAUCUAUCUCAAUUAUACACCCGUAAUCGAAAAUAAUGACCCUAAAAAAUCAAAAGAGCAAUUAGUUCUAAUUUCCAACUACCAAUUGAUUCUAUUCAAGCCAAAGUUCAUGCGUAAGCUAUCUAUGCACGCCUCUUAUACAUAUAAUAAUCUUAAAGUCCUAGAAUUAAGAAAAGAUCAGAUUUAUUUUGAGUUCGAUAAAGAUAACUACCUGAUCACGCUUCCUUCUCCUUCCGCUAUCUUUGAAAACGUUUGCCAAUCAAUUAUCAACAUUUUAACAGAUGAUUCUUUGCCAAAAUUCAUUCCUGUGCAAAAAAUUAAGCGAAAGCCGAACUCCAUCUUUUCCAGAUACAAGUUCCUCUGUUUCUUAAAUGAGAAAAAGCCAGAUAAAAAAGUUUUAUCUUUUCUUAAUAAAACAAAGGCAAUGCAAUUUACUUUUGAAGAGAUUCGAGAAGAAGUGUCACGCGAUCUCGAUAUCUUCAUGGAAGCUUUGGAAAACCUUGAAUGCAAAAGAUUGGAAUUUCCAAGGUUUGAAACACCGCAAUGGGAUAAACUAGCCAAAUUACUGGCUCAAAACCAGUAUAUUAACCAGAUCGUAUUAAAUGGUCCGAUUUCGGCUUCAAUGGAAGAGGUUUACAAUGUUUUAGAGAAAACAAAGACAACAAACGUCGCGUGUCUCACUUUUCAAGAUUCUGAAGCUACUCCAGAGUUCUUUUCCCUUAUUACUAAAUUUAUGAAACUUCCACAAAUUACGACACUUUCUUUGAUCUCUUUUCUCAAAGAUUACGGGGAUGUUCCAGCUUUUACCGAUAUUGUAUACAAGAAUCGACCUUAUGAAUUCAUAGAUACCCUUGAAAUAAAAUAUAUGCCUCGAAUCAACUACAAAAUGAUACACCAAUGCUUCCCGCACCUUGACAAGAUAGAGUUCUCGAACUGCAAGAUAUCACUCGCUAAUUAUCUCGAUUAUAUUUCUACUUGGAACGAUAAAGGAGUUGCAAAUAUAAAAUUAGAAGGAAAUAACGCUGAUUUCCCUAUCCACGAAGCCCUUUCAUUACCACCAUGCAUAAUAGAUAUCGACGUGUCCGAUAUUUACUGGACUUCGAGAAAUUUAAUCACAUUUCUUAAAAUCAUCGCCAAAUACAGAAACUCGGCCAAAAAUUUUAAGGUUGGGCUAAACAAAAUCAAAAUGGAUACGAAAGGAUGGGUCCAAUUCAAUUCUGAAUUGAAAAAUAUUGAAGAACCUCAAAUUCGCCACAUUUUCUGGAAAGGAAACAUGAUAUCUCCUGAAAUAAUUGAGUUCUUCAACCGCUGCAGGCUCACUUUACUUACUUUUGGCGACAAUUUUGAUGAUGACGACGCAAGUGUCCUUUUAUUCAGAGAUUACUUGAUCAGACAGAAAUAUCUUCAGACACUGGUAUACCAAGAACAGGAAAGACCCUUCAAUCUUAAGUCAGAACUGAUAAAAGGUAUCAGAUACAACAGAUCCAUUAAUUAUUUGUCACUUUUGAAUACACAAUUUACACAUGAAGACAUACAGAUGCUUGGCCUUGCUUUGCUUGAGAAUUGCAACAUCGGACAACUUUCUAUUAACACUUUGCAGGAACAUUCGACCAAAACUAUCAAUAAGUUCUGGAAAAUAGUGGUAGGAAGAGGAACCCCACUUAAACUUGUUGGUUACGAUAUCAAAAAAUCAGAUGAUCCGGAAUUAUUUGAAUUAUCUAAGAGUGUGAAGGAUGGAAACCCAAAUAUCAUCCCUCCUGAUGAGAGUUUGAGGAUUUCCAAUGAUAGAAUUGAAGAAGUAAUCGCUUCUUUCCAUGAUUCAGAUGAGAAAUUGAAGAAAAUCCAUGGAUCCGACUCAGAUAUGUUGGAAUUCCCUGAUGAGAAGCCAAGCGAAUUUAAACCAGACGAUGCAAUCAAUUUUGAUGACGAUUUCGAUGAGAAAUCUAAAUCUGAACAAAAAGACACAACUUCACAGGAAUCGCAAGAUAAUUCGGAAGGAUCUGCCUCUCUUACACCUCAAACUUCCCAGGAAAUGCUCUUGUUGACGUACGAAGGCUCUCAAGAAUUUACUCUUGACGAAAAAGAGAGUUAUACACCUAAGUUUGAGACUAAGAUGCAGCACGUUCCUCUUCUGGACGUUGAUGCAACAAGAAAAAUGCUUGAAGAAAAAUUCAAUCUGAAGAACCUCAGAAGACACAUAAAGAAAUGA